AUGAGUACUUCACCGCACGUUAACGACCCGUAUGAGGACGACCCAUUUGGCGAUUCUGGCUCCAAAUAUGUGCCGAGUAAUCCAAGUGGCUCAGAAAGUGAAAGCGAAAGGGACGAGGCUACUAUAAAUGCAACAGUGAAAACAAGAAAACGCACCAGGAAUGAGCAAAUGUGGCCGAGAAAUAUUAUGAAAGCGAAGCGAAUAAAACGUGAAGAAUAUAGGAAUUUCAAAGGCAUGGCGACAAUAACACUCCCAAACUUGAAUGUAGCUCUGGAAGCUGGCUUAGCUGUUGGAACAGACGCAGGGUUUACAUACGACUUGAAACUUCCUGUGCACAUAUCCUCAGGAUUAAAUGCUGCCUGCUCUGCUGCAGCAAUUUGGGCGUAUGAAAGGUUCUCCGACGAGUCGGAUGUGGUGAGGGCCCUUUACGUGAAUGGUGCAGUUGCCUGCAUAAAGUGCGGCCUGUGUGUGAGAGUAGGGACAUCAGUCGACGGCGACUGGGAGCCUAAGGAGGGUGGUAACAUACCUGUCCCAUCCGAUGCAGUCAAGAACGGAGCCCAGGCGGUGCUUCCACCGGCAAUUAUGAGGGAUGCAGUGAUCCUGAUUGUAGCCACCAAGGCAAAUUUUUGGGCGAUGAAUCAUCACACUGGACAGGGAGAGGCACAGGGGUAUGCCUCAUACAGAGGCAAGAAGGUACUUGUUAAACUCUUUCGGGAUGGUGUGAAUAAGUCUGCGGAGACAAUGGCCCACACUAUUGGCCAUUGGGCUAGCACGAUAAAGGUGCUAACGUUAGCAGGGGUUAGGGGCCUCAAGGCACAUGGUGACCCACUCUCUAUAGCUGUGUAUUAG